GAGGAUCGACUCAGCCAAGCCAAACACGGAACGUGUCGACAGAACAGGCUUGCCGUCGAACCCCUUUCACAAAAUGCGCUAAAAUGCCGCUGCCUCUACUAACUCGGUCUUUUUUCACAUUGCUUGGAGCGAGCAGGUCUCCCUUCUCUGCCUACAACUCAAACGUUUCUCGCGGGUUGCGGAAAACCCCCGAGCCGUUUCAGCUCCCGCCCCCCGGAGCCCACCCACGGCGCCCCCGCCACCCCCGGCGCCCCCGCCCGUGCCUUGUGCAGGGACGUCUCCAGGUGGCACGACCCUGGCGCCACCCCGGCUGCACUCCGGCUCGGCCCGCCUGCCCCGGCUCACGGCUCGGCUGGACUCCACUCGGCGAGCGCCGACCCUGCUGCCUGUUGUGGCCCGGCUGACAGCGGUGCCCCGGUCCCUCCGACGCUGGAGCCGAGUAUCCGGCGUGCACAUGGACCGCGCGCCCUUCAGAGCCACCCACCCGGCCAGACGCCAUGGACGACCGCACGGUGGACCUCAUCUUCGCGGGCUCGCUGCAGAGCCUGCCGCCCGUCAGCUCCAAGAUCGUGCGCAUCUUCACCAGCUCCACGUUCACGGACACGACCAUGGAGCGGAACACCCUGAUGGCGCAGUGCUACCCUAAGCUCAAGGACUUCUGCCGGGAGAAACAUGGGCUGGAGUUUCAGGUCGUCGACAUGCGAUGGGGCGUCCGGGACGAGGCCACCGACGAUCACAUGACCACGGAGCUGUGCAUGCGCGAGAUCGCCAACUGUCAGCGGCUGUCGAUGGGGCCCAACUUCGUGGUGAGCGGAUCACUCUUCCCUUGCAACGGGCUGAAGGCUCCGGGCGGGCGGACGCCUCGGUGUUUCG